AUGGAACUGGACAGCAAUGGCCUGUCCGUGCAGUGCUACCUGAAGCCCAGGGUUAUGGGUAAGGUACGACGUCGUCUUCAGGAGAUGAGGAGCCCCUCUGCCCAACUGUCAACCAUGGACCUGAGUCACAAUGAAAGCGCCCGACUGGCCACUGAUGCCCUCCUGGACCAUGGCCUGAAGACCUACCAGGACGUUCUGGUCAGAGAAGAAGAAGCAGACUUCCUAUCUAUGCAAGAAAAGGGCUACAUUUUGGGCAAUGUUAAAGAGCCUGCGAAAAACGACACUGAAGAUGUGAUUGAUGAGGAUACGUCCAGCUCUAGCUCAGAGUCUAGCUCACAGACGUACUUUCCCAUGGUUUCAGACAGUGAGCCUCCCUGUCUGGACUUUGGCUGGCCAGUUGCGGACUGGAGUUACCACCUAAAGGGGCUUCCCAGUGUGGAGGUAUUCUUCCAGUCACCUAAUUCAGUCAGCAUGAAAGAUCUGCUGCGGGAAUUCAUCAGAAAAGCAACAUCAGUUCUGGCAAUUGUGAUGGACGCUUUCAGUGAUGUGGAGAUUUUCUGUGAUAUUCUUGAGGCCACAAAAAAGCGUAACAUAUCUGUCUAUCUUCUACUGGACCACAUCAACCUGCAGGUGUUUAAAGAGAUGUGUGGAAAUUUACAGAUCAACAAAUCACAUCUUACUCACAUGUCAGUUCGCAGCAUUGGUGGAGAAACCUACUGCGCCAAGUCUGGAAGGAAAUUUACUGGCCAGGUUAAGGAGAAGUUCAUGAUUGUGGACUGCACCCAUGUACUUGCUGGGACAUACAGCUUUACCUGGUUGUCCUGGCAGGUUGACAGGAGCUCGGCGAUGCUCUUUAAAGGGGCAAGCGUGAAGGCCUUUGACAUUGAGUUUCGCCGGCUAUACGCCGCCUCAAAACCAGUACCAGAAUUCUCUACAUUGCCAGAUUCAGAUGCCCUGAGUCCUCUUGUACAUUUCAUGGAACCACCAACACCAGAAAUAAAUGCUAACAUGGUCCCACAGGCCAAUGUCAGUAAAGUCCCCCAACUCCUGAAUCUCAGUUCUCCUCUACCCCUUUUGUCCGGGCUAUCUAGCCAGCCAUUUCUCACUGCCAGACCUCUGGGGUCACUCUGGCUCCCACAGAGGAUCCAUCGGCCUGGAGUUUCUCAGCGUUUCUUACCCAGAAAUUAUAAUGUCGGGAACCUUCCUUGGCACCUUCAAAACAACAACUACCACUACCUCCAUGGAGGUGUUCCACUGACCACUCAACGGCUUUUGCAUACCAGGUUAGACAGUGCUGUGUUUGGGGAACAACAUUCGCUGGCUCUGUAA